AUGGACAAUGAAGGGAGCCAGGUCAGCCUGUCCAGCACGGACUCACCUCACGACCCUUGCAAAAUGUUCAUUGGUGGACUGAGCUGGCAGACAACACAAGAGGGGCUGAAGGAGUACUUUUGCAAGUAUGGAGAAGUGAAGGAGUGCAUGGUGAUGCGAGAUCCAGUUACUAAGCGCUCGAGAGGGUUUGGGUUCGUCACCUUUGUUGAUCAAGCUGGCGUGGAUAAAGUUUUGGCCCAAAGUAGACACGAGCUGGACUCAAAAACAAUUGACCCAAAGGUUGCAUUCCCGCGUCGAGCCCAGCCUAAAUUAGUGACUCGAACAAAGAAGAUUUUUGUCGGCGGACUGUCUGUGAACACAACCAUAGAAGAUGUCAAGCAGUACUUCGACCAGUUUGGCAAGGUGGACGAUGCCAUGCUCAUGUUCGACAAGACCACCAACAGGCACAGAGGUUUCGGUUUUGUGACAUUUGAGAAUGAAGAUGUGGUGGAGAAAGUCUGCGAGAUACACUUCCAUGAAAUCAACAAUAAAAUGGUGGAGUGUAAGAAGGCUCAGCCCAAGGAAGUGAUGUCCCCCACUGGCUCCGCUAGGGGGCGCUCUCGGGUGAUGCCUUAUGGGAUGGAUGCCUUCAUGCUGGGGAUUGGUAUGCUCGGGUACCCAGGCUUCCAGACAGCCACUUACACCAGUCGGAGCUACGCUGGCAUCACACCCGGAUACACAUACCAGUUUCCCGAGUUCCACUUAGAGAGGACCCCCCUUCUGACUUCACCCCACCCCCCUGAACUCACAGCCAUUCCUCUUACAGCAUACGGACCAAUGGCAGCAGCAGCGGCCGCAGCAGUAGUCAGAGGCUCCACCCCAUCUCGCUCUGGGUUUUUAGGUACGAGCAGCCCUGGGCCAAUGGCAGAGCUGUACGGGACAGCCAGUCAGGAGUCCGCUGUGAGCAGUUACCUCAGCGCUGCUAGCCCUGCCCCGAGCACUGGAUUCAGCCACAGUUUGGGGGUCAGUACAGCAGCUCCAAUCAAUUAG